AGAUCUUCAAGCUAAAGGAGACGUGGGAUUGCCUCCAAAAUGAACACAGAAGAACAAGGGCGUGCAGCCCUCUUGAACUUUCUUUCCAAUACUGGACUGGAGGAAUUUUAUCCCAACAAGCUCACUCUGCAGUCUCUUUUGGAGAUCAACAAAAACAGCAUAUAUGAAAAAGCAGUUUCAUCACUGGAAGAUAUACCAUGGUGUUUUCUCAGAAAUCUUUUUAAAAUCAAUGCUGAAUGCAGGAAUUGUACACAAAUACCAACCAAUCCUGAGGAAAACACUGAAGACCUUGACCUAGACCUUUAUACUGCAGAUGACUCUGAAAAUAAGGUCAAUGUUCUUGACCUCAUUGUGGCGCUCUUCCAUUGUUCUGACAGCUUCUUGCAACAGGAAAUGGUCCUCAAGAUGUCCAUGUGCCAAUUUUCUGUCCCACUGCUGUUGCCCCAUGGCAAUAAGAGUCAGUGCAGCCUGAUGCUUUGGGCUCUGAGAGACAUCGUGAAAGAGUGGCGUCCACAUGAUCUGUCUGAAUCAAGAGGUUUUGUUGAAGACAACAUUGUCCAAGCAAAUAUACCAUUCUACUCCUUUGUGAGGCUGAAAAACUGCAGCUUAUCAAAGUCCCAGAUUUUGAAUCAGGUUCUCAGCCGUGGACAGCAGAAUCACAAUAUCUUCAUACACAGAGACAUGGAAGGAGGAGCACUUCAAAGAGAAAUAGCCAAUGGAUUGGUAGAAGUUUGCUGGUACCUUCCCUGUGGAAGAGAAAAUCUGGACAUAUUUCCAGAGCCAGUCGCCUUCGCCAAUUUGCGAGGAGACAUUUGUGAGUCACUUGCACAAUUCAACUUUCUUUAUCAAGUGUCAACUGCUACCUUUGUGUUUCUGGACAAAAUUGAAGAAAAUGAGCAUGGGGUUCUUGCUUCUCUACAAAAUGUUAAAUCAAAACUCUUCUUGGUAGUUAAUCGCAAGGAACGAGGUGCUAAAGAUGACAUGAUGUCUGUCAAGAAAACAAUGGAAACAUUAGACUUACCAAAGAGCAGUGUGAAAACCAAAGACCCACGGGUAAAUGGAGCAGAGUUUGCAAAGAAACUUUGCGCAGCCAUCAAGACAUCUCUCUUAGAAGUCAAAACUACAAUAAGCAUUGUAAAUAUGCUUGACAAAGCUGCUGAACUUGGUCUGUCUGUGGAUGAAAGCAAAACUGAGGAACAAAGAAAAACAGCUAAUGAGCUCGUAGGUGGCAUUGGAGUCCGCAAUGUCCCACAGUACAAGAAUCAGCAACUUCCUCUGCAAGGCGAUGACUGGAAAAGGUUAUCACAGUUAGAAAAGGAGGAGUGUAGACUGCGGAAAUCUGGUGAGGAUUAUAAAUCUCAGCUUGAGGAAGAAAUAAAAGGAAUCAGAAAGAAACAAAGACAAUACAAACUGUCCAAAGCAAUGAAGACUUUCAUUGAGAACUUAUCUACAAGAGACAAAGAAAGAAGAAAUGUAUUUCUUAAGUGGAUGAAAUUAAAGCUUGACACAUAUUCAAGGAACAAACUGUGUGGACUGCGCAACAAAUUUAAAGAGGAGUGCAAAAAAAAAGAAGUAAAAGUCAUUGCAGAGUUAGAUAAAGCUUUGCUGGAGAGCUCCUUAGGAAUAGAGCAUUACAUGAGAGAGAUGGGACUAAUCUAUGAGAUUUACUUGCAGUCACAAGAAACUGUUGGCAAAAUAUCUCAUCUACCAGGUGUGGCUGCUGAAAUGUUGUUGGAUGGUUAUCCUUUAGAGCUCUUGGAUGGAGAUGCUUCUAAUAUCCCACAGAGAUGGGUGACAGAUGUGCUGAUGGAGCUCCACAAGAAGGUUGGAGAGAGCAGCAGAUUGUUGGUACUGACUGUGUUGGGUGUUCAAAGUUCAGGGAAGUCAACACUCCUCAACACCAUGUUUGGUGUGAAGUUUCCUGUCAGCAGUGGCAGAUGUACAAGAGGAGCCUACAUGGUCUUCCUUAGAGUCGGAGAAGAUUUGAAAAGGGAGCUGAAUUAUGACUUUGUGGUUCUCCUUGACACAGAGGGUCUAAAAUCUCCUGAACUGGCACAACUAGAGGACAGUUAUGAACAUGACAACCAGCUGGCAACCUUUGUCAUUGGCUUGAGUGAUGUAACCAUCAUCAACAUCGCAAUGGAGAACGCAAAUGAAAUGAAAGAUGUCUUGCAAAUCACAGCUCAUGCAUUCUUGAGAAUGAAGCAAAUUGGGAAAAAGCCAGUUUGUCAUUUUGUUCACCAAAAUGUUGCAGGAGUCUCAGCUGAUUCCAAGUGCAUGACAGAGAGACAACAUCUCUUGGACCAACUCAAUGAAAUGACUCAAAUUGCUGCUGAAAUGGACAGACAGCCUUCUGUCAAAGCAUUCACAGAUGUGCUGGACUAUGACAUAGAAAAAAACAACUGGAACAUCCCAGGACUCUGGCAUGGAACCCCUCCAAUGGCACCAGUGAACACAGGUUACAGUGAAGCUGUGGCAGAUUUCAAGAAAAAUCUUUUGGAGUCAGUGGAAAGUGACAGAAGUAAUGAAGCCAUGCAGAUCCCAGAGUUUCUAGAGUGGAUGAAAAGUCUCUGGAAGGCAGUGAAGUACGAGAACUUCAUCUUUAGUUUCAGAAAUGUUCUUGUGGCUCAUGCAUAUGACAACCUUUGCAAAGACUUCACUCAGUGGGAAUGGGAGUUCAGAAAAGAGAUUCUCUCCUGGCAGACAGAAGCAGAGACAGAAAUCAAAAAUGCAAACAAUGAAGCUCAAGAGGAAACUUGGAAUGGACUGGUUGAAUUGAAAAAAUCUGAAGUGUCCCAAAAAAUAACAGAUCAGCGAACACUAAUGAAGGAGAAACUUCAGCAAUACUACAAAAGGAAGGACAGACACAUAAAUCUGAUAGAGAAAUACAAAGCUGACUUUUUCAACAGUAUCAGUAGUCUUGCAAAUGAAAUUGAACAAUCUGUGACUACUAAUCUGGAUUGCAUCCUUGCGCUUAAAAAAACUACUAAGAAGGCUCAAGACAUACAGAGGAAAUGUAGAGGUGAGAUUGAGGAGAAGGUCAUGAAACUCUUGCGUGACUGUAAAGACUCCACACUGUCUGAUGAACAGCUGACCUGCGAGUUUGAAAAGAUGUGGGCUGGAGCCACUGCAGAGUUGCCAGUAUCUGGCCUGAAAGAGCACGAUAUCGCUGGAAGUGUCCUGACACAGUUGAGAAAAAACUUCUCAAACCUGAACGUCAAUGAGGAAUUACAGAACAUUGACUUAACAGAAACUGGGAGGGGUCCAUUUAAAGUCAGCCGGGACCAUAUAGACUCAUGGCUUAAAAAGUACCUGUGGACAGGAGCAUUGCAGAGCUUUACAAACAGCGUCAUUGAGUCUUGCACACGGUUUGUAUUUGAUAAAGUUAAGACAAGUGGGGAUUACCAUGACUCUUUCACAAUGGAUCUUCUCGAGAAAAUCAAUGCAUUCCUUCAGCAAAGUUACAAGCAACACAAAACAAACACAAAUUAUGAGAUUGACCUGAAGCUUCAUAUUUGCGGCAUUGCCACAAGGGAGUUCCUGAAGAUGCACAGAAAAUAUCUGUCAGAUAACGAUCCCAAAACUCAGCUGCAGAAGUACAAGACUCAGUACUUGUCAGACUUUCUUGAUUUGUACAAAAAGAUAGACGACUGUCAGCGCAAAGCAACAGAUUUUGCCAGACUUUGCAUCAAACCUGCUGUGGAAGACUACAUCAACAGAUCUCUGGGAAUAGACAUUGUGGAAGAAAUUUUGACAAGCAGUCAUUCAGUACAGUACAGUUCCCGCUCCUUCUUCCAGUACAACAUUCAGAAAGAGCUACUGCAUAAGGAAGACUUCAAGAGUUUUGUCAAGUACAUCUGUAACUAUGAAAAUUAUGUGAAGGACUGGAUAUAUCAGCACAUUCAGCAGAAAAUGUCUGAGGACAAGAGUUUGUACAAAUUGAAGAACAAGAAUCUACAGAUCAUUGUUAAAAAAGUGACAGAAGCCGUUGAACAAGCCUCAAAGGGAGAGAAUGGUGUUCUGCUGCCAGAUAACACAGAAAGCAUCAAAGAGCUCAUCAGUAACAUGCGUAAAUAUCUGAUUAAAGACAUCUCACUUUCAGUGGAGGCAGAACAAACCAUCCUGUUUCAAAUCCAAAGCACAUGUCAUCCAUUUAUCAAAAGUCUCAAGCAUGCAAUAGAGCAACUGAAAGCACAACUGCAGCAGGAACUCUGGAAAUCUGAAGACAUCAUCAUGACUCUUGUCAAACUUCCUAUCAAACCACAAGAUGAGCUUUUUAAACGAGUGUUUGGUUGUGGACAACGAUGUCCAUUUUGUAAAGUUCCCUGUGAGGCUGGAGGCAAAGAGCACGAGCAGCAUCAUGCAGCUUUGCAUCGGCCACAAGGUCUUGCAGAAUCCUGCAAUGACGACAGUGAUAAACUGGUGGAAACACUGUGUACAACUGAUGUGCACAGUGAAACUACAUUCAGAAAUGCAGACACUAAAUUUCAAUGGCAUCCUUACAAACAGUACACUGAAUACUAUCCAGACUGGCACAUUCCUCCUGAUUGCACCAUAGAGGCGUCUGAUUACUGGAAGUAUGUCCUGGUACAGUACAAUGACAAAUUUGCUGAAGAAUAUGAAGCUAAGCCAGCUGAUGUUCCACAGGCCUGGAGGAGCAUCACAAAGGAACAAGCUCUGAAAGGCUUAAAAGAAGCAUUUAACCUCAAGUAAAUGGACCAGAAGAAAUAUCAUAAAGCAGAACAGUGCUUAAACAUUUUUCAUACACAAACGUGCACCUCUGAGAAGAUAAAAGAGGGUCUGAACAGUUUUUGGCAUCACCAAAUAGAUUAGUGAAAGUAUAGAUGAAUCAAUUUUGACUGAUGAAUCGUAAACUUAAUAACAAUAAUCUUUGAUAGGAGUAGAAGUCUUGACUUGAAUGCAAUGAAAUGAAAAACAACUCAGAUAUUUCUUAUGCAAGUUGGAAACAGUUAUGCUGGAUCAUUAAAACAAUUUGUAUACAACUUUUUUUUUUUUUUUUUAAUUCUUUAAGAAUAUACGUUUUUUGACAAAGAAAUUUUUGAUGAUGAAUUUCAAGUACCACAGGAAAACAGAGCUCAUGCUUUUUAAUAUUUCUUUUGUUGUUUUUUGAUUAUUAUGACUGAUUUUUUUUAUUCAUAUUUUUUAGAUGGGUGUUUAUCAUAACUAUUGCACAUUAAAUGAUGAAGAUGAUAAUGAAAACUUACUACCAUGUGAAAAAGAUGUUUCAUAGAGGAUGUAGCAGUUUUGUUCAUUCGCUGUGUUUUUAAAAACUAUGAGUUUUAUACCAGUCUGUGAUUAACAAAAAAUGUUAAGAAUUACUUUUGGUGAUGACUUCCUUUGAUUUUUACAUUGAUUGUGACAACAAGUCACAAAGAAGAGUCAGCACAAAUAGACAGAAAUAGUCAAAGUUGAAGUGCUUUUGGUAUUUUUUAUUGUUUCUUUUAUUCAUUUCUGCAUUUAUUAAACUGCAAUGUGGCCUGUACUCCAAAGAUCAUGUUAUGUUUCGUAAUAUGUGCAACCAUUUACAGUUCUAUAGCUUUGUCUCUCAAGUUAUUGCAUGUUUUACAUGAUUAUCUAAUCAUUUUAAUAUUUUUUUAGAACAAUGUUGGAGUGUUAAACAUGUAACAAAGAAGUUAAAAAAGCUGGAAAAAGUUUUUGCAUGUCUGGCUUAAACUGUUUUUCAUUUUCUGUUUUGUUGAUGAUUUUAAAGAAAUUGUCUUUCACCGUGCUUCAAAGCUACCGUAUGUACACAAUGACUACUGAUAAAAGCUGAUGUUGUUGACAUCUAUGCCCAUUUUUAUUGCACUGUUUGUUGUAAGUAUGUGCAAAACCUUUCUAUAUUAAGAUGUCAAACUGAUGUUAGUGAAUAAGAAAUGUGUAUGUUAAUGUAACAGACUUUGUUCCACAUGUUGAUUUUGUGUUGGCCAAACAAGCCAACAGACAGGCACACUUUGGCAUUUGAUUUUUAAGAUAAUAACCUACGAGACAGUUGAAAAUCUGGUAACUAUGUCUUUUUCACUUUUAUUGGUUAGAAUUAAUUUCAUUUUCCUUUUUUCCAAGUUUAUAUGCAUACAUACACAUAUAUA